AUGGCAAUAACCAGGACUAGCGGGCAUGGCGAAGCUCGUGAUGAUAACACCAGACCACGACUCCCAAUUUCCGCUGUCGCCGCUGAACGUGGCGGCAUGAACCAGCGCCAGCAAUUAAAUCUCGUCCAAGAGUUAGAAGAUGCUGUUUCUCAACAUAAGGACUCUAUAGAGGCUAUACUGCAGGUCCUCCAGAGAUUAAGAUCCAAAUGGUCUAUGGAUGAACAAGACCUUACGAGAAAACCAUUUGAAGACUGGAUUAUAAGAAAAGUGAACUCAAAGAUAUGGCUACGUGCUAGAACAAUAAUAUACGAGGCGAAGAUAAGACAUACAAAACUUAAGAAGCAAGUGGAAAAGAUAGCUGCCUCGCUCGAUACGAAGCCGAAUAAGCUUUUUUUUCACAUUGGGGGCGAUGUUCUAUGUUCAAGGGUGGGAAUUGACAACCUUAAGUCUCUUGUCGCACUCUCUAAUAAUAAUUUCGACUUGACACUAAAACGUGUUGAAAUAGCCAGACACGACAGGUUAGCUUCAAAAAAUGAGGAAGAGGCGCAGAAGAAGAGAGAGGCAGAGGCACGAAAGGUCCAGGAAGCAGCAGCAGAAGCAGCAGCAGAAGCAGCAGCAGAAGCAGCAGCAGAAGCAGCAGCAGAAGCAGCAGAAGCAGCAGAAGCAGCAGAAGCAGCAGAAGCAGCAGAAGCAGCAGAAGCAGCAGAAGCAGCAGAAGCAGCAGAAGCAGCAGAAGCAGCAGAAGCAGCAGAAGCAGCAGAAGCAGAGAUAGAGACACGAAAGGUUCAGGAAGCAGAAGCAGCAGAAGCAGAGAUAGAGACACGAAAGGUUCAGGAAGCAGAAGCAUCAGAAGCAGCAGAAGUAGCAGAAGCAGCAGAAGCAGCAGAAGCAGCAGAAGCAGCAGAAGCAACAGAAGCAGUAGAAGUAGCAGAAGUAGAGGCGGAGGCAGAGGCAGAGAGGGAGAAGGAACGAAAGGGGCUAGACGCGGACGCCACACAGAAGGCCGCAGAUACUCGGAACAGCUUAGACGCCAGCACAGACGCUGAGAACAGCAUAGACGCCCAGAACAACAUAGACGCCCAGAACAGCUCGGGCAUUCAACCUGUCGCACGGAUGACCAGAACAGCUCGGAUGCUCAAACGGUCGCAGAUGCGCAAAAUGUCUUCGACGCCCAGAAGGAUGGCGUACUACCAACGCAGAGAGAGACGCCAAGGAGUGAUGCAGACCUAA